AUGCGCCAACGCAGUCAUGGAGGCCCAAAGUUGCCGCGCGAGCUCCUCGACCAGCUUGGAGCUUCCGGAGCUUCGCAAAGCAAUGGUCGUUCCCGCGGUCGGGUUCUAGGUCGCAAGGACCGUCGCAAGGCGGAGCGCGAACAGAAGAAGUCGCAGCGCCAUCAGCCCCGGAAAUUCCAGCGUUCUGCUCCGCAAGACGAAUUCGAGAGCGACGACGACGACGACGACGACGAAGAUGCGUUUUCCCCUCCGCCUGCAAAGCCUGUGAAGAGCAAGGCGGAUGAGAAGCCGCUAAAGUCCGCGCUCAAGCGCGCCGACGCGCCCGCAGAGCCAGCGGCGAAGAAGAGCGCUGGCAAGGAGAAGGCCAAAGAGUCGAAGAAGGAGAAGAAGAAGCGGUCGCCGUCGCCGCCCCCGGCAAUACCGAAGAAGGUUCAGGCAAAGCUCGAGGAGGACGACGCCGAAAUUGCGGCGCUGGAGAAGAAGCUCGGCCUGAAGGGCAAGAAGAAGCUGCCCAAGGAUUUCGACGACGACGGCCUGGCAGACCUCUUGGACGGCCUGGACGACGAGCUCGAGUUUGCCGUAACGGGAAAGCGGAAGCGAUCGUCGGAGGACCAGGCAUGGUUGGACAGCAAGCGGCGGAAAGCUGCAGGAGGUCUCACGGCGGAGGAGAGCUUUAGCGACGAUAGUGAAGGAGAGGACGACAGCGAAGAGAGCGAGGAGGACGACGAAGAGGGAGAGGAAGAUGACGAAUUCCUGGGCUCAGAUGAAGAAGGGAAUCUGGAAGAGGGUGCGAGCUCGGACGACGAAGAAGUAGAUGGUGCAGAGGAUGAUUUUGCUGGGUUUUCAGAAGACGAGGACGAAGAGGGAUCCGAGGAUGACGUCGACGAAGACGAGGAAGUGGAGCAACCAAAGGUUCGAGAAAAUCCAUACAAGCCUCCUGUACCAGCAGAGGUGGCCCCAGCUGGGAAGUACAUCCCGCCUUCUUUACGAGGCCCACCAUCCUCCGACGCGGAGGCUAUGACGAGACUGAAGAGGCAGACGCAAGGUCUUCUCAAUCGUCUAUCCGAAGCGAACCUCCUUUCGAUUCUCAAGGAUAUUGAGAAGCUCUACCAAACCAACCCGCGUCAAUACGUCACAACGACGCUCAUAGAUCUCCUCCUCGGACUUGUAUCCGAUCGUACAAGUCUCCAAGACACCUUCCUCAUUCUUCACGCUGGUUUCAUUGCGGCAGUCUACAAAGUCAUCGGCAUGGAUUUUGGAGCGCAGAUUGUCGAACGUUUCGCUGCAGAAUUCGACAAGUACUACGGCAGCUACAGCGAAGAGUCGAGCGGAAAAGAGACCACUAACCUGAUUUCGUUGUUGGCAGAAAUGUACAACUUUCAGGUCGUCGGUUGCAACCUCGUUUUCGACUACAUUCGGAUCUUCCUCGAGGACCUUAAAGAGGUCAACACGGAACUACUCCUACGGAUCGUCCGAAUGUCUGGUCCUCAACUCCGGCAGGAUGAUCCUACGGCUCUGAAGGACAUCGUCCUCCUCCUUCAGAAAUCGGUUGCAAAGGCCGGCGAGGCUAACCUUUCGGUUCGCACCAAAUUCAUGAUCGAGACGAUCAACAACCUCAAGAACAACCGCAUGAAGACCGGCGUAGCCGCAUCGGCAAUCACAUCCGAGCAUACGACUCGCAUGAAGAAGACGCUUGGCUCUCUGAACUCGAGGUCGAUCAAGGCGAGCGAGCCGCUGCGCAUCGGUCUCAGCGACCUGCGGGACACGGAGAAGAAGGGAAAAUGGUGGCUCGUCGGUGCAAGCUGGAGGAACAACAUGGCAGACGAAACGGUCGCCGCGGAAGAGAAGCCCUCGAAGGCGAAGAAGGCCAAGGAAGCACCAGCCGAAGAAAUCAUCGUGAGCGGUACCACGGACUUGUUCCAGCUAGCAAAAGAGCACCGCAUGAACACGGACAUUAGGCGUUCAAUUUUCAUCAGCAUAAUGUCCGCCUCAGACUUCAAAGACGCACAUAUGCGUCUGAUGAAGCUUCGGUUGAAGAAAGCCCAGGAACUCGAGAUCCCGCGGGUGCUCAUCCGUUGCGCAGGCGCAGAGCAAAGCUACAAUCCCUACUAUACGCUGAUCGCUAGGCGCCUGUGCUCCGAAAAGCCGCUCAAGAAGGCGUUCCAGUUCAGUCUCUGGGACCUCUUCAGGCGCAUGGGGGAGAAGGACGAGAUGGAUGAUGCGGACUUUGAUGAAGAGGACGGAGAAGAGGCCCUGACGACCCGUGCGAUUGUCAACCUGGCCAAGAUGUUUGGCACGUUGGUUUCGGAGGGCGGCCUGUCCAUUUCUGCUUUGAAGACGCUUAACUGGGGCUAUUUGCAAGAAAAGACGGCAGCUUUCGUCGAAGUGUUGCUGUCAACCGUGAUCCUGCGGUCUCAGAAGAAGACAGCAGACCAACGUAACGAGGAAGCUCUGCUGGACGUGGUGAUGAACGCAAAAGAGGCACCUCAAAUGGCACGCGGGCUGCAGUACUUCUUCAAGAAAGUAGUCAGCAAGGCGGAGGCAGCGGGCAGCAAGUCGGAGAGGGAGACGGUGCGGUGGGGCGCGCGCGUGGCGGCGGACGGGCUCACGGUGCUGGCGACGCAGCGCAUCGAGGCCGAGUAG